AUGGAAAAGGCAAAUGAACAAAGGCACCAGCCAAUGUUCAACGUGGACGGGGAAAUGCCAAGUGCUAUGGACAUGAUCGCAAGGCUAGCCUUAUCGCGAUUCAGCAUAUUCAAGCUGUUGCGCAUGGGCAUUAGCUGUUUCGGGGUAUUGGCCAACCUCAUACUGCCGUACUUCCUGAUGAACAAAUUCACCAAGAUGACGAACGCGUCGUACUACCGACAGCAACACUCGUUCACGCCGUUCAUGAUUGUCGAUUUCGACCCCAUCCCAACUCAACCGGAUGAGCUAGCCGAUGUGGUGUGCCCAUGGGACCUGGAGUUCGUUAACGUGGACAAAGAACUACUAUUCGAGCUCAUGCUGGUGAGUAGGCUGCUCCAACAGAAACACGAUGGCAAUGCGAUACAGGCGGAAAACUUCCUGGAUAUCAAGCCGCUCUUAGAGCUCACCUGUGCCAAAGUGGCAUCGAUGAUCAAGGGCAAGACACCGGACGAAAUCCGAGACGAAUUUAACAUUGUUAACGACUUCACUCCGGAUGAGGAGGCAAUGAUUAGGCAGGAGAACAAGUGGUGCGAAGAGCUGUGA